CGCCUGACUCUUGAGUCACGACCUAAGCCUUCUUGGUGUGCGAACCCCCCUUCACCAAGCCAGGUCUCUCUCAUUGUACAAAGAGGCGGGCGCAGCCAUGGCAAGUUCUUCCGCCCCGCCAGCCCUCCGCUCCAUCCACCUGAUCUCCAUGGAAGCAGCUCCCGCGCGGGGCGCGGGGCCCGAGAUCGAGAAGUGCGUCGACGCCGAGGACGUGGAGUUGGACCCCGCGCGCAAAGAGGAAGAGGAGCGCGCGCCGGUGCCGACGUGGCGGGACCAGGUGACUGUGCGCGGCCUUGUGGCGGCGCUGCUCAUCGGCUUCGUCUACACCGUCAUCAUCCUGAAGCUGGCGCUCACCACGGGCAUCAUCCCCACGCUCAACGUCUCCGCCGCGCUGCUCGGCUUCCUCACGCUCCGCGGCUGGACUCGCGCGCUCGCCCGCCUCGGCCUCGGCGGCGGCGGCGGCGGCGCGGCCCGACCCUUCACCCGCCAGGAGAACACCGUCGUCCAGACCUGCGCCGUCGCGUGCUACACCAUGGGAUUCGGCGGUGGGUUUGGGUCGUCGCUACUAGCGCUAAACAAGAAGACGUACGAGCUGGCCGGGGUGAGCACGCCGGGAAACGCGCCGGGGAGCUACAAGGAGCCCGGCGUCCGGUGGAUGACCGGAUUCCUCCUCGCGAUUAGCUUCGUGGGGCUCCUCAGCUUGCUCCCGCUCAGAAAGGCUUUGGUCAUAGACUAUAAAUUGACUUAUCCAAGUGGGACUGCAACUGCUGUUCUUAUAAACGGAUUCCAUACACCUAAAGGAGAAGAGAAUGCAAAGAAGCAAGUCCGUGAAUUCCUGAGGUGCUUCGCGAUCAGCCUCCUUUGGAGCUUCUUCCAAUGGUUUUACACAGGCGGAGAGAGUUGUGGAUUUCUUCAAUUCCCUACUUUUGGUCUAAAGGCUUGGAAACAAACGUUUUUCUUCGAUUUUAGCCUCACAUAUGUUGGUGCGGGGAUGAUCUGCUCACAUCUUGUGAACCUCUCCACCCUCUUUGGUGCUAUACUUUCUUGGGGGAUAUUGUGGCCACUCAUCAUCAAACAAAAGGGAAAUUGGUACCCAGCAAAUAUACCAGAGAGCAGCAUGACAAGCUUGUUUGGUUACAAGUCCUUCCUGUGUGUAGCUCUGAUCAUGGGGGAUGGCCUCUACCACUUCAUCGAAGUCACAGUAAUCACUGUUAAGAGUUUGCAUGAACGAUCCAACCACAGACAUGUUAAGAGAGUGGGACAUGAUGAUACAAUUGCAACUGAUGAUAUGCAGCGCGAUGAAGUCUUCAAUCGGGACAGUAUCCCAAACUGGCUGGCAUACACUGGAUACGCCUUGUUAAGCAUCAUCGCGAUAAUUGUCAUACCAAUAAUGUUCCCACAGGUGAAGUGGUACUAUGUCAUCGUAGCAUAUCUACUUGCUCCUGUGCUGGGGUUCUCCAAUGCCUAUGGAACUGGGCUCACUGACAUAAACAUGAGCUACAAUUAUGGCAAGAUUGCUCUCUUCAUCUUUGCAGCUUGGGGAGGGAAGGACGACGGUGUCAUUGCUGGCCUUGUUGGUUGUGGGAUAGUGAAGCAGCUAGUGCAGGUUUCCGCUGAUCUGAUGCACGACUUCAAGACAGGUCACCUGACAUUGACAUCACCGAAAUCCAUGCUUGUUGGGCAGGUAAUCGGUACAGCCAUGGGCUGCAUCAUCGCACCACUCACGUUCUUGCUCUUCUACAGAGCAUUUGAUAUCGGGAACCCAGAUGGAUACUGGAAGGCUCCGUAUGCGCUGAUAUACCGGAACAUGGCUAUCCUCGGCGUUGAGGGCUUCUCUGCGCUACCAAAACACUGCCUCGAGCUGUCUGCUGGUUUCUUCUCGUUCGCGGUGCUCAUCAACAUAGCAAAGGGCUUCAUGCCACGUAGGUACAGACAGUACGUGCCCCUGCCGAUGGCAAUGGCUGUGCCGUUCCUUGUCGGCGCAAACUUCGCUAUCGACAUGUGUGUGGGAAGCUUGAUAGUCUUUGCCUGGCACAAGAUCAACAGCAAGGAGGCAGCGCUGCUGGUGCCUGCAGUAGCUUCCGGUUUUAUUUGCGGAGAUGGUAUAUGGACGUUCCCUGCUUCCUUGCUUUCCCUUGCGAAGGUGAAGCCACCGAUCUGCAUGAAAUUCACGCCAGGAAGCUAGUAGAAAAAUGUGAAUUUCACCGAUGGAGGAUUGGACGUACAAUGGGAAAGGUGAUGACGAUCAUUGAUCGACGAGAAGAUAAAAUGGCCUUGUCACACAAAUCCUCCCUCCACACCUGAAUCCCUGAUAAAUGUGAACACGGUACCACGGAAUUUGCUCUUCGAAGCUGAGAAACCAAGUUGAGCUGUAUUUUAAUUUAUUUUGUGUGAUGAGUAAUUGAUGUUUGUGUGGUUUUUAUUGGUUAGCAUAUGUAUGAUUAUAUACUACUAUAUUAAUUUUGUCUAACUAAAGUUGAAAAGAAUUAGAGUUUGUAUCGGUGUCUCGGUGCA